AUGACUGUAACAAAUCCGAUCUUUUUAAAAAGACAUGAAACACAAGCAGAACAAUAUUCUGUUUUGAAUGAAUCUGAUUUAGAUUUAAGUAUUGUAUUUCCAGCAUAUAAAGAAGAGACUAGAAUUAAUGUUACCUUGAAGGAUACUUAUCAAUAUCUUGAAGGAAAAAUUGAAAAGAAUCCAAACUUUAAAUGUGAGAUGAUUAUUGUUGAUGAUGGAAGUACUGAUAAUACAAUUGGUGUAACUGUUGAUUUUAUGAAGGAAUAUAUUAAUAGAAAUAAUAAUAUUGACAUUCAACUUUUGAGAUUGAUCAAAAACAAAGGAAAGGGAUUUGCUGUUAAACAAGGAAUGAUUAGAAGUAGAGGAAAAUUAAUUCUUUUCGCUGACAGUGACAAUGCUACUGAUAUUAGAGAUUUGGAUAAAUUACUGACCAAGAUGGAAGAAAUGAAACAACAAGGAAAAUCGAAAUAUGGAUACAUGGUUGUUGGAAGUAGAAAUCACCUUUUGGAAGGAGUUAAACGUGAAAGAAAGUGGUACAGAAAUAUUACAAUGUAUGGAUUCCACUUUCUUGUUAAUUUCGUUGCCAAUAUUAGAAAUGUUGCUGAUACACAGUGUGGAUUCAAAUUGAUGGAUAGAGAAUCUGUUAGACAAGUAUUACCAAAUAUGAAAAUUGAUAGAUGGUGUUUCGAUAUUGAUCUCAUUCAUAUUUGCAAUUCUUUGAAUAUUCCUAUUCAUGAACAUGCUGUCAACUGGUCUGAAAUUGAAGGUAGUAAGGUCAAUAUUUCAGGAAUUAUUGGUAUGGCCAGAGAUUUGUUCUUGGUACGAAUGUUCUAUACUCUUGGAAUUUGGAAAGUGCAAACCAAUCCAAAAUUGGAGACAACCUUGUAA